AUGGCCCGGCUCAGGCUGGGCCGCAAGGGCCCCCUGGUCUGGUCGUACCUGCAGCUGGCAGUGUCGGGGGCCGCCACGGCGUACUUCAGCUCCUUCAGUGCCUACUGCGUCUUCCGGUUCCUGAUGGGCAUGACCUUCUCUGGCAUCAUCCUCAACUCCCUCUCUCUGGUGAAGCCGUGUUUGCGUUUGGGGAAGAGUGAGUCCCACUCAGCCCUGGCCACUCUCCAUCCUCCUCCUGGUCUCAGGUGGCUGCCGGAGUCAUCCCGAUGGCUCCUCCUCCACGGCAAGUCCCAGCGAGCUGUGCAGAACCUGCGGAAGGUGGCCGCCAUGAACGGGAGAAAGGCGGAAGGGGAGAGGCUGACCCAGGAGGUGGUGAGCUCCUACAUCCAGAGUGAGUUCACGAGCGUCCGCACUUCCACCUCCGUCCUGGACCUCUUCCGAACCCCGGCCAUCCGCAAGGUCACGUGCUGUCUCAUGGUGGUCUGGUUCUCCAACUCCAUGGCUUACUACGGCCUGGCCAUGGACCUGCAGAAGUUUGGGCUCAGCGUCUACCUGGUCCAGGUCCUGUUUGGGGUCAUAGACAUCCCGGCCAUGCUGGUGGCCACCACCACCAUGAUUUACGUGGGCCGCCGAGCCACAGUGGCCUCCUUCCUCAUCCUGGCUGGGCUCAUGGUGAUCGCCAACAUGUUUGUGCCAGAAGGUAUGCAGACCCUGCGCACAGCCCAGGCAGCGCUGGGCAAAGGCUGCCUGGCUAGCUCCUUCAUCUGCGUGUACUUGUUCACGGGAGAGCUGUACCCCACGGAGAUCAGGCAGAUGGGGAUGGGCUUCGUCUCAGUCAACGCCCGCCUCGGGGGGCUGGCUGCGCCCCUGGUCACCGCGGUCGGGGAGUUCAGUGCCAUCCUGCCACCUGUGGCCUUCGGGGCCACCUCGAUCCUGGCCGGGCUGACCGUCUGCUUCCUGGCUGAGACCCGCAACACACCCCUGGUGGAGACCAUUGAGGUGAUGGAGAGGAGAGCCAAAGGCCUCUCCAGGAAGGAUGCGGAGGGGAGGAGCGAAGACAUUUCCCUUCAGCAGCUGGGAGCUUCUCCCCUCCUAGAGACCAUCUAAGGUGCCCAGGGCCCGGCACACGCUGGCCGUACCUCAGCCGGUGUCCGGCUUCC